AUGGCGCCUAUGAAGGUGUACGGUUGGGCGGUGUCGCCAUGGAUGGCCCGGGUCCUCGUCUGCUUGGAGGAGGCCGGCGCCGAGUAUGAGAUCGUGCCCAUGAGCAGGAGCGGCGGCGAUCACCGGCAGCCGGACCACCUCGCCAGAAACCCCUUCGGUGAGAUCCCGGUGUUGGAGGAUGGCGACUUGACGCUUUACCAAUCUCGUGCCAUCGCAAGGUACAUUCUUCGUAAGUACAAACCCGAGCUUCUGCGAGCAGGCAACCUCGCCGAGUCGGCGAUGGUGGAUGUAUGGCUCGACGUGGAAGCCCUCCAGCUCGAGCCUAUAGUGCGGCCAAUUGUGGCUAACUGCAUCCUCUACCCGCUCGAAGGGCGCGACUGCGACCAAAAAAUCAUUGACGAAAAAAUCGAAAAGUUGAAGAAGCUGUUGGAGGUCUACGAGUCAAGGUUAUCCUGCAGCAAGUAUUUGGCCGGGGAUUUCAUCAGCCUCGCUGACCUUAGCCAUUUCUCCUUCAUGCGCUACUUCAUGGCGACGGAGCAUGCAGACCAGCUCAACACUUACCCACACGUCAAGGCAUGGUGGGCCGUGUUGCUGGCAAGGCCUUCGGUCAAGAAGGUGAUGGCUGGCAUGCCUCCCGAUUUUGGGUUUGGGAGUGGGAACAUACCAUAA